AUGAAGGCAAGCAAGAAGGAGGAGCCAGCUGGCACCAUGGAGGGUGCCGCUGAUCGCGGCGAUGCUAGGGAGAGCGCCGCCGCGGAGACGGGCCUUUUCGAGAGUCUGGCCCGUCAGGGCGAAACAGCGGCGAAGCAGGGGGCUUUGUCUCCCAAGAGGUGAGAGUAGCCGCUGCUCACAACCAAGAUUAUAGUAGUGCCAUGGGAGAUGGUGGUGCUGCUGUUGGCUUUGGAUACGGAGCCACAACCCCAGCGACGGGGUACCAAAGUGUGCUGUACACUUCUCCUCCGUUCAGCGGGAAAUAAAAAAAAUUCAACGAAUGGCUAAAUGAUUUCCGCAUGGCAGCAUAUGGCGCAAACCUGUUGGAACAAUUUGAAGAGAGCGGGAGCUUGGAGAUCCCCGUCAACAGCGGAAAGAGCAAGUUUUCGCUGUCACAGCAGUACCGGAGCGAGCAAGUAGAGCUCGCAUUCCACGCGUGGAACUUCCUGUCUCACGCCUUGAAAGAAAAAGAUCGGAAAAUCAUGAAGAGGGCAGAGACGCCCCAGGGAGCUCUUCGUGAGCUUAAGACCAUGUACGACCCUGAAUCAUCUGUACAGCCGUCAGAGGACCUCAAGUCCCUGACGUCGACCAAGAUCUCUUGAGGUGAAAUCCCCCAAAACGCCCUAAAUGAGAUGCUCCAAACCGCAAAGUCCUUAACCGAGAAAGUACUAACUGUCAACGAAACGUUCGUCCUUCACCUCUUCCUGGAUGCCCCUUCGGACGAGUAUGCCAUGACAAAGCACAACCUGCGACAAGCGAAGGAGUUGACGCGGACCGGU